AUGAAAAAUAAUUUAGAGGAGAGAACUUGUGACCUAUUUAAGGGUCAUUGGGUUCCAACAACAUCAGAAGGAUCAACAUAUUACACGAAUUCAAGUUGCAGAACUAUCCCUGAUAGCAAAAACUGCUUCAAGCAUGGAAGAACUGAUAGCGAUUUUCUCAAUUGGAGAUGGAAACCUGAGCAAUGCGAUCUUCCGCGAUUCGAUCACAAAAUGUUUCUUGAAUUAGUGAGAGGCAAGAAAAUGGCAUUUAUUGGGGACUCUGUGUCCAGGAACCACAUGGAAUCCCUCUUGUGCUUGUUAUCACAGGAAGAAACUCCAAAGGAUAUUCAUAAGGAUUCAGAAGAUAGAUAUCGAACAUGGUAUUUUCCAAAGCAUGACUUUACACUGAUGAUGCUGUGGAGCAGGUUUAUAAUAGUUGGCGAGGAACAAAUGAUAAAUGGUUCAGCGUCUGGAACCUUUGAUUUGCAGUUAGACAAGGUAGAUGAUGAUUGGGCUAGAGAGCUACCUAACUUAGACUACGCCAUAAUCUCAGGUGGACACUGGUUUUUCAGAGUGAUGUACCUCCAUGAAGGUGACAACCUUGUAGGAUGUGUGUACUGUGGCCAACCUAAUGUGACAAGCUACAACAGUGAUUUCCCGCUGAGAAAAGCGUUUCGAACGGCAUUCAAUUAUAUUAACAACGGUUGCAAGGAGUGUGGGAAAUUGGUGACGGUAUUGAGGACAUUCGCACCGGCACACUUUGAGAAUGGAGCAUGGAACACUGGAGGGUAUUGUAACAGGACAGGUCCUGCUAGCGAGUCAGAGGUUGAUCCAGGGUUGUUUGAAUGGCAAGUGAGGAAUGCUCAAAUGGAGGAGUUUGAGAAAGCAAGAAAAGAGGGGAUGGAGAAAGGGCAGAGUUUUGAGGUGUUGGAUGUGACUGUGGCAAUGAUGAUGAGACCAGAUGGGCACCCUGGGGACCAUUGGGGUAACAAAUGGAUGAGAGGUUAUAAUGAUUGUACUCAUUGGUGUUUGCCUGGUCCUGUUGAUUUGUGGAGUGAGUUGUUGCUGGCAAUUCUCAAUAAACGUACAAAUUUAAGUCCUCGAGGUAAUAUCAAAUCAUAAAUAAUACAAGCAAUUAUUACACCAUGUUUUCCUUCCAUUAUUCUCUAGGAAAUUAGUCAUUUUUUACCCCCUAACUCGUGACAUUGACGUGUAGAUUUGUAUUCAACACCAUGAAUUAAGUGAGAAGUAGAGUGUUUUUUUUUCAUACUAUUGUUAAGAUAGAAACUAAUUUCAUUAUGAUAUGCUCAGUUGGUGAUAUACUUGA